AUUGGCCCUUAGCAACCAAAAUGGCGGCGUACACGAAAUGUUUGCUUGUGGGCGAAUGUUUGGUUUAAAACGCUUCAAGUUUUUUGCUCAUUUUGCAUUUGGUUAAUGAAGGAAAGUAGAUCAACGAGAUUCCAAGUAUAAACGACGUAUGUAGGUUUACAAUUGGUAUCCACUGCAGUCAUUACAAUGUGUGCCAGUAGAGCAUCGGAGAGAAAUGCAAGGGAGUUCUAUGAUACCAAGCAGAGAGCAGUCAAGUUCUACAAGGAGAAUGGGGUACCGGAGAGGCUGGAAGAGAUUCUCAACUCUAUGUUUUACGAAAACCCACCAGAUGUCUACGGUCGAUUGUCGGAGCACUUUGAGUCUUUGUCUGCUCCACCAGUCAUUCACAAAGUGGAUGCUAGAGAGGUUUUAGACAGUAGAGGCCAGCCUACCCUACAAGCGGAUGUGUACUGUAUUGUCAAAGGGCUUGAACAGCAUUUGUCCACUGUCACCAUGGCCAGCACCAACUUACUCAUGGAAAACGCCCCCAUCGACAGAAAGGAAGCAGAUGAGAAAGAGCGACAGCAAUUCGUCGAUGCGGCCCUUGGGUUUAUCCAUGGACCAAUCACAGAGGCCGUUAGUGGCAUCAGCCCAGCCAAUCAGGGAGAGAUUGAUGAGAAUGUUUGGAAAAUACUGACAAGACUUCAGAAGGAAAAAGAGGAAGCGGAGCGUAAGGAACGUGAGAGGGCGGCAGAGCUGGAACCACCAGCCCCUGAACCUGCAAAGGAAGAGAAGAUUAUCUCACCAAAAGGCAAAAAGAAACUAGGAAGUGCCAAGUCUACAACAGUCGUCGUUGAGGAACCCAAGGAGCCGCUGCUACCAGGUUGCAACGCUGCCUGCGUGGUGUCACAGGCUGUGGCUGUAGCAGCAGCAAAGCUGGCCAAGAUCCAAACAUUCGAACAUAUCGCCAACUUGUACUCGGCAGAGGAACAGCAAGAGUUUGAGCUUCCCUUGUUGAUGGUGAAUCUGCUGAAUUCUGGAAAGGCCUACCCUGGCAAGCAGAAUCUCAUUAAGGAGUUGCUGCUCAUCCCUAAACCAGGGAAGACACUGAGGGAGUCACUUAAACAGCUGACAGCUGUUCACCAUCAAGUCAGCAAGUUACUGUUUCCUAAACUUGGGGUUGCUGGGUCAUAUGUGAAUGACCUUGGUGGCUAUUGUCCACAGUACGACCGGCCAGAGCAGUUACUGGACCUAGCUCAAGAGGCCAUCACUGCCCUCGAACUGACCCCUGGGGAAGAUAUCUUCAUCGGACUGAACUGUGCUGCCUCUGAGAUGUUUGACUCGGACAAAGGUAAAUAUGAGAUGGCCCAGGGAAUGUUGAAGUUGCCUGAUGACAUGGUGGAAGUUUACGCUGAUCUAAUCAACCGAUAUCCAGCCAUCGUUGCCCUCGUAGAUCCCUUCAAGAAACAGGAUACCGAGCAAUGGCGCAAGCUGUGUGAACGUUUCAGCGAGCAGUGUUUCAUCGUUGGAGACAGGGCCUAUCCCAGAGCUGAGUGUUUUUGCAAGCAGGGAUUGGGUGAACUAUGCUCCAGUGCAAUUUCACUGAAGCUAGAGCAGAUGACUAGCGUAAGCGGUAUCGUUGAAGCAAGUAAACUGGUUAAAGAGAAUGAUUCGGCUGUGGUCAUCUCUAGCGUGAUUGGUGAGAGUCCAGAUAGUUUUCUGGCGGAUUUGGCCGUUGGUGUCGGCGCAAAGUUUGUCAAGUUUGGUGCCCUCGCCCGCGGUGAGAGGAUCUCCAAGUACAACCGUCUUCUGGAGAUAGAGGACAUGCUGGCUGCUCAAGACAGGAUCAAGAUGUCUGAGGGAUUUGGCUUCCCUGUCAUCAAACCACCUGAACCGGAGGAGACGGCAGAAAAUGAGAACAAAGAGGGAUGAUGGUUUAAACAAUAGACUGAUCCAUUAGGCUCCGCCCACUGCACACAUGACAUCAACACCUGUACCUCCACAAUGCAUGAUACAGACAGGUGCAUAAUAUGCAGGUGUACAUUUUAAGGGACUUUUGUCAGAUAAUAAUAAUAACUACUAAAGCACUUUUAACAUGAUCAAAGCGCUUUUACAAAGAAAAUAAGACAAUAAUCAAGAAGAUCAGAUACAUAGAAAUGUACAGAUUACUAUUGGAAUUUGGAAGACAAGUGAGUUUUUUUGAAAGUCUGAAUCGAUGGUGAGUCUCGGAUAUGACGUGGGAUUCUGUUCUGUUCUUUGGCACCUGUGAUGGAGAACGCUUUGUCACCUGUAGCUUUUGUGUUUAUUGUCGCAUGCAAUAGGUUUAUCAAACCUUGAUAUAUGAUACUAGUAAAAUGGGGCCAAAAAGAAUAAAUGGAAUGCUAAAGCUCCAAAAUUUAUUCUGUUGUUGCCUUAGAUCAGAUGCAAGAAUGCAGGAGAAAACUAGAUUUCAAAAUUGUCUGGAGGAGGGGGGGGGGGGAAUGCCCUGGACCCAAGGCGUGCUCAAAACAGCCCCCCCCCCCCCCUUACUCACGUAAGUUUUGUUUACUUUAACCUGCUAGAUUUUGGGCUGGGGCACACAACACCCCCCCCCCCCCCCCCCCAUCAGCAGUACAUGUAUCUUGGUCCACUGUAUUCCUUUUUUUUAGUCUUUCCCCACCCCUUUGUUACUUUUUCAUUUUUAAAAUAUGUUAUUCCUAACUUUUUGUACAUGUGUGGUGUGUGUGGAAAGUUGGAAAUGUACAUAUUAGAGAAAACUGAUUUCACAAUUAUUAAUAAAAGCUGGUAUGUUUUUGUAUCAGACAUCGUUUAAUCUCA